CCCCGCCCCGCCGCUGGGCUCGGGGCCGGCCGGGAGGCGCGGGGCAGCCCCGAAGCAUGGAGCCGCCGCCGCCUCUGGAGCAGCCGCCGCGCCCGCGCUCCCACACCGUGACCACCACCAGCAGCUCCUUCACCGCCAACCUGUCGGCCAGCUCCAGCACCCUCGCCUACGACAGGGAGUUCCUGCGUACCCCGCCCGGGCUCCUCAUGGUGGCCGAGAUAAUAUUAGGGCUGCUGGUGUGGACUCUGAUCGCUGGAACAGAAUACUUCCUAUAUCCAGCCUUUGGCUGGGUGAUGUUUGUAGCUGUGUUUUACUGGGUCCUCACUGUCUUCUUUCUGAUCAUCUACAUGACCAUGACCUACACCAGGAUCCCCCAGGUGCCAUGGACCACAGUGGGUCUGUGUUUUAAUGGGAGUGCCUUCAUUUUGUACCUCAUUGCCGCCAUUGUAGAUGCAUCUUCAGUCACCAAAGAACUGGACAGUCACAAUUACAACAGUUGGGCAGCUUCUUCAUUCUUUGCCUUUGUGGUUACCUCCUGCUAUGCUGGAAAUACAUAUUUUAGCUUUAUAUCUUGGCGAUCAAGAACUUUGCAGUAAAAAUUGUGUUAAAAUGAAUUCUGUAGAAUAAAACGUCUUGAGGAUUAUACUCUUCUUGAUGGAAGCUUGGAACAAGGAUUAGAUCUUCUGGAACAUUUCUGUUGUAAUUGAAGAAAUAUAUUUAAACUUAGAUUAAAAUGAAUAUUUAUAAUAUGAUAUCAUAUUUAGUGACAUCUAACACUGACUUUGUACUGUAUAAUAGAAUUUCAUACUGCUUCUUUUAAAAUUAACAUGGUAUUUUUCUAGACAUUGUAUAGAUGUUAUAACUAAACCUUUAAUAAACUUCGCUCAGAUUAUGUGCCAGUUUUGUAAAUUUAACUUUUUAAAUGUCACCUGUGUACUUUUGAUAACGAAUGCUACAAAUCAAAAGUAAGAUUGAUAUUAUAUGUAUACAAAGUGACCUGGUGAAAAAGAAAAAUACCAAAAAGCUUUAAAGAGAAAUAAAUAAUUGACGCAGCUUUGAAUGUUUUGUAAGCAGGGAGCAGGGGUUUGCUUAUUUUGUCUGUUUUUCAGAGGCAGAUAUGUGCUAUUAAGAAUUGUGAUGGUUGUGUCAGUUUACAUAUUCCAGUAGCCUAUUUUAAUCGUGAGUUUGGUUUUGAAACCUAUUAACAACAUAGACUUACAGCUUGCUGAAGAAGUUGUAUGUAUGAAGCACAUUAUCUUAACAGGUUUCACAAAUCUAGCAGAUUUGAUUGAUAAUUCUAGACAACAGACCUUUAAUGCUCAAUGUUUAACCUACAGAGAAUAUCAUAAAAUAUGUACUAAAGGUAAUAAUUCUUGCUUCUCUGAGGACUGAGGCUAGUUUGUUAGUUUGUAGUACUGAAAAUGUAGGCCUCAAAAUGCUAUCAAAUGACAUGAAGAUUAAAUCCAUUGAAGAAAUGUCAAGACCCUAGCAGCAGAGACAAAGGAUUUUCUCACUCAUUCCCUUUUUACCAGCCUCAUUUGUGAGUUGUUAGUUUAACAAAUCAAGUUUUUAAUUUGACUCAUAUUUAAAUAUCUUUGAGUUAUGCAGAAGUAUGAUGGAAGGUUAUGACUUCCAAGACAAAUACCUUUGCAAAUGACUUUCAAAUACAAAUUACCUAAGGAAUCUCUUCCAGGAAUUAUGUAAAGAGCAAGACUGUGAUUAUUUUGUGAUUAUUUAAAGUUUUCUGCUAGUAAAAAAGACUGCUGGUAAAUCCCUUAUUCUUGCACUCAGGGGAUUUGGGCUUUUCCAGUCUUCAAAAACUUUGUUGCACUAUAUAUUUGGUAGUAGAGAAAUCUCACUGCUUGAAAAUCUUCUUUGUUUUUCCCUGUGAAUAAAUGGGGUGUGCUUCCUUAUGUGCACACCCUGCAGCUAGGAAGAUUUAUCAGCAGCCAGCUAAUUCUGUUCCCAAUCUCCUGGUUUUGUUCUUGAUUAUCUGUCAGAGUCACAGGAUUUCAAUACAAGGGAAGCCAAGAUAUUAUUUAAAUACCUAUAUUUGUCUGCAAAUUGCAUCUGGCCUGCAUAACAAAGGUCAAGCUGUCUCCUGCUUACUAAAAUCAUCCAGUUCUGAGGAUGAAGAAGGGCUACCAACUAUGCAUUUUAUCUAUACAGACAAAAUGUGUCAUUAAAGUUCCAUAUGCUCUUUUCCAUUGCUGGAAAAAAAUCAAAGGCAGAAAAAUGAUACAAAUGUCAACUGAGUAAAUGUGACAAGGAACAGCCAAAAUUAAACUCUCAUCAGUGAUUUUCCAUCUGUGAAAAUGCUUGAGAAGUAAGAAAAAUUCUUUCUUGAAUGAUAUUUGAUGUACAUAUCUAAGUUCAAAGAACAUGGCUGUGUUUGCAUAAAUGUUUCAUGAUAACUGUGAUGGGCUGGUCUAACAUCAUAGCCCAAACAACACUUGUGGAUAGAGGUACAAAGACAGAGAUGGGCUUAGAAAGAGUAAUACAUUUUAUCCAUUAUACCUGAAACUACUGUGUAAAUUGUGUGUUAGAAAACAGCCACUACGUGUUAGAGUAAACCCAAGAAUGAAAGACAAAAACAUACAGUUGUAGGUUAGGGAAUGCUUUUGGCAAAAUACGUCCUCUCAGCAUCUUCAGCCCUAAUUCUCAAGGGAAGAUGUGCAGAAUGACUCCCAAAGACAAGUCUGGGAAUUAAAUUUGUAAUUCUGCUGGAUUUUUAGAAGUACUAGGUGGGAAUUUGUUUUAUCUUUGGCUUUCUUUGUUUCACAAAUCAUAACUUAAUCUGCUUUGUUCUUAAGAAGGAUAGCCAUCUUACUUUGUAUGCUGUUUUUCAUCUUAUUUCUCAUCUCUUCUGCAGCUACCAACUGUUUUUCAAGCAAUCUGAAUAUCUAGUUAAAGUUGGAGGGAUCAGUAAGGCUGAGAAUUACUUCUGAAGGUUGCUGCUUCUAUUUCAGGCCUAAUGAAAGGUAAAAGCUUCCAAAAGGUUAUCUGAUUGUUCCAGGUGCAUUAGUCUUAAAUACUGACUUGCCAACUAUGAUCCAUGUUUUCGUAUGUUCUCAUAUUGAUAAAGAAGAUAACGUAGCAGUAGUUUAUCAUAAAGCAGUAUUUGGAAGAUUUUUGGCUGUAGACAUUUCUUUGUGUUCAUAAGAUAGGAAGAAGCUUUUUUUGAAAGUACAUCUGGGAACCAAUGAAAUCAUUAGCAAAAUUCUUAACAGAGAUAUUGAGAAGAAUUGAGAAAAAAAAAACCAUCAGAGAACUUGCAAAAUAAGAUUAUUUGUCAUUGUAAAUAAUGUGUUCCAGACAAACGGUAUCUCUAAAAGAUCUGAGGCACUCACAUAGACAUGUGAGGUGCUAGAGAGCAAGGAUAUUUGCUGUUAACUUUUGGCCAUCAAAUUUCAUUAAUUAAAGAGUUGUUGGUGUGUCAUCAUCAUCGUACAUUUACCAUGUAUUUUACAUCGUAUCAUUUACCAUCAUACAAGUAAACAGCAGAAGAAUUAUAAUCAAAACUUGAAAUUCAGAAGUGUUUUAGACUUGGGUUUGUGCCAGUGGUUUACAGAAGAUGGCUGUGUUCUU